AUGAAGUUAGUUCGUUUCUUGAUGAACUUGCCUAGUUCCACAAACCAACCCAUCACAGUCGAACUUAAAAAUGGGAAUUCCAUAAGUGGACAAUUAUUAUCCUGUUCACCACUGAUGAAUUUAUCAUUAAAGAAUAUUAAAUUAAUUCAAUCAUAUCAAGAUCCUCAAUUAUUGGAUUAUAUGAAUAUAAGAGGAAAUCAAAUCAGACAAAUCAUUUUACCUGAUGAAAUCAAUAUUGAUAAUAUACUAGCCAAAAGUGUUACUAAGAUAAAGGGUCAAGGUGCUGGACCUGGUGCUAAACCAUUACCGACAAGAGGUAGUGGAGGUCCAAGAGGGGGAAGAGGUGGUGGUCCAAGAGGAGGUGGUAGAGGUGGUUCAAGAGGAGGUAGACCUCCUCCAAGAGCCUUUUAA